AUGGCCUCUACCACGGCAGCAGUGCCAAGUGGCCCAAGCAGCGACGUUGAAGAGUUCGGACGUCUUUUGAAAUCUUCAAAGCGGGUUCUUGCACUGUGUGGAGCAGGACUCUCCGCAUCAUCUGGGCUGGACACAUUCCGGGGCGCAGGAGGGAUGUGGAGGAAUCAUCAAGCCGCCACGCUUGCUACUCCUGAAGCCUUCGAGCGAGACCCGGGACUUGUUUGGCUCUUCUACUCCUAUCGGAGGCAUAAGGCACUACAGGCUUCUCCCAAUGCCGGACAUUAUGCUUUAGUUGAGCUAUCAAAGAAGAUGCCAGGUUUCAUCACGCUUACGCAGAAUGUUGACGGACUCUCCCAACGAGCAAACCACCCCCGCGAACAACUCAAACUGCUCCACGGUUCCCUCUUCGACAUCAAAUGUUUCAACUGCACCUACGUCCAACAAAACAACUACGACGACCCUCUCGACCCGAUCCUCGCCAUCGACUCCCCCUCCGAUGACCGCCUCGCCACAUCCAAGACCUCGAUCGCUGCGCGCGCCGCCUAUCUGGACCCCGCGACCCCGCCCACCAUCGCGCCCGCCGACCUGCCGCACUGUCCCUCCUGCAAGACGGGCCUGCUGCGGCCCGGCGUCGUCUGGUUCGGCGAGGAACUGCCCGCGGAUACGCUGCGCGAGGUUCAGACGUUCAUCGAUCAGGGCCCUAUCGAUCUCAUCAUGGUCAUUGGUACGACGGCCACUGUCUACCCGGCCGCGGGCUACGUGGCGCGCGCGAGAGCCAAGGGCGCGAAAGUCGCCCUGGUUAAUAUGGACGCUGGUGAACUGGGCGCGAUUGGGUCUUUGAAUAAGGGAGAUUUUUUGUUCGAGGGUGAUGCGGCGAAGAUCUUGCCCGAGAUUUUGAAGCCUGUUAUUGGGGAGUUGAAGCUGUAG